GAUUGAUUAUAUCGAUGGUUAUGAUUAAGUAAUAUCGUUUGCCAAUUUCGAUAUAAAAAACCGGGUCCGCUUAUUGUACCCUACCCAAUAUUCUGGCUUAGGAAAUAUACCUCCUUAUUUUUUAAUUUCAUGUUGUCUAAAAUUAUAAUAACCUCAAAACGAAAGGUUUACACUGUCACUGUGGCUCUUUAGUGAGAGUGAUUUUGUGUAGCCAGCCUACUUUAAACAAUUUGUACUAAAGCACUAAUAAUUUUCACUGGUGCACAUGAAGCAUCUGCUACAGUUAAUAUGUGUUAACCUACUGUACAAUAACUAUCUAAUUAUAAUAUAUGUAGUUGAUGUCUUCACUGCUGUUAUAUAGAAUAAUCUUGAGUACUCUUGACCAUCUAGUAACACACUAUGUUAUCUGCCACAAUCAACUUGUUAAUAUUGCCACAGUCAUCGUAUUAAUAUUGAAUCUUCAAACUAACAUUCAGAUUUCAGGAAAAAGAUUGUAAUGGAUUCCAAGGAGAAUUUUAAGAUACGUAUUUUUUUCUUAAACAAAAUCUUAUUUAACUAUUUUUUUUGUUUUCCAAAUUUGGGCCGAAAAGAUUAUCCCAAUACAAGAAGAAUUAACAAACUUUUAAUGUUAAACUUUAAACUACAAUUCUCAAUGUUAGAUCAGACCAAUUCAAAUCAUCAUGAUCAGACCAUCUGCAGUUUUAAUAUAUGCUAUUGCUGAUCUCGAGGAAACAUAUUUCACCACUAGUAAAACAGGCCACUGCAGAUUGUAUUGAUGGCCAGGAGCAUUUGUGAUAACACUUGAAAUUUGGUGUUACAUGACCUAUCAUGUACUAUCUCGAAGAAUGUGUUCAUCCUCAAGAGUGUGGGUAACAGAUUUCCAGAAUUGGAAUUUUGAACAUUGAGAAAUCCAGUCUUUACAUUUUUAAAUGGUCUUUCCUAUAUUUGUAUAAUCCAAAAAGAUUAAACAUGCUUCGAUGUUGGAGGACUGUUUUACCUGCUUUAUCUUAUUCUACAGCCACAUCAGGUCCAACAACUAGAAUGGUACAAGAAAAAGGAGUCCGAACUAUCACUUUAUGUGAUGUUAAAACAAGAAAUUCGCUAUCUCUCUCUACUAUAAAUGCAAUAAUACAUCAAAUGACCACUAACAAUGAAGACACUGGACUCAGAUGCAUUGUGCUAAGGGCAGAAGGGCCUGUUUUUUCCUCUGGUCACAACUUGAAAGAGUUUGACGGUAGCAAGAAGGGAACGGAGGAGCAGCGGGAGGUGUUUGCAGCCUGCACUCGGCUGAUGCUGCAGGUGGUGGAAGCGCCAGUGCCGGUGGUGGCUGUGGUUAAUGGUCUAGCAGCUGCAGCCGGUUGUCAGCUGGUUGCUCAGUGUGACAUAGCUUUGUGCACUCCCAACAGCACUUUCUCUACUCCUGGAGCAAGUUUUGGGCUGUUUUGUUCAACGCCUGGAAUAGCUGUGGCACGCACUGUGAAUCGCAAGAUGGCUUUGCGCAUGCUUCUCACUGGCUUGCCUAUUACUGCAGAGGAAGCUCAUCUCGCUGGGCUUGUCAGUAAAGUUGUUCCAGCUGAGUCGCUAGAUAGUGAACUCAAGAUCAUUACUGAUGCAAUUGAAUCCAAGAGCCGAGCCGUCAUUUCCUUAGGCAAGAAGUUCUUCUAUCAACAAAUUGAAAGGGAUCUGCAUACUGCGUACCAACUGGGCGAGGAGACAAUGGUCAAGAAUUUAUUACUCAGAGAUGGACAAGAAGGUAUCAAGAGCUUUAUUGAGAAAAGGAAACCAACUUGGGAACACGGUUCCAAUAACAAAUCAUAAAUAUAAUUAACAAAACAUUCCUAUCAUUCUAGCCUUUAUGCAAGCAAGAUGGUUAAACCAGUUGAUGUGUUAUUUUUGUAAUUGAAUUUUAUAGGACAUAAUAAACUAUAUUUUUUAUAAUAUUA